AUGCCAGAUUCUUUGCCGGUGGUUAACCUUAUAAAUUUCAAUCAGGAUGGCACAUGUAUCUCAAUAGGUACAUCAGUAGGAUUCAAAAUUUUCAAUUGUGAACCCUUUGGAAAAUUCUAUUCUGAGGAUUCUGGUGGCUAUGGCAUGGUGGAAAUGCUCUUUUCAACUUCUUUGCUGGCGAUCGUGGGGAUAGGAGAUCAGCCUGCUAUGUCACCCAGAAGGCUAAGAAUAAUUAACACUAAAAAGCACUCAGUAAUAUGUGAAGUUACGUUUCCCACUUCUAUCCUGUCAGUCAAGAUGAACAGGUCUAGGUUAGUUGUCCUUCUGAAAGAGCAGAUUUACAUUUAUGAUAUAAGCAACAUGAGGCUGCUGCAUACAAUCGAUACAAAUCCGAACCCUCAAGGCAUAGUGGCAAUGUCGCCGUCCACAGAAAAUUGCUACCUCGUUUAUCCAUCCCCACCGAAAGUUAUCAACUCAGAAAUCAAGCAGAAUGUCACGACCAAUAAUCUGAAUGUCACCACUGGCGGAAAUAAAUUGUCGGACGAUGUAGCUCAGUCUGUGAUUAGUCAAAGGGCUGGCGGAUCUAGUGUAGACAGUAACUCGAUUCCAGUGGGAAACAAUAUACUGAAUUCGACCAAAGGCGGAGUCAUGGUGCCGGACAAAGCCCAAACUGCAAAGAACGAGCACAAUAGCAUAAUGAAAAAUGGGGACGUAAUUUUAUUCAAUUUGAAGACUCUACAACCUACCAUGGUGAUCGAGGCACACAAAGGAGAGAUAGCGGCACUGGCGCUGAGCUUCGAUGGCUCUCUGUUAGCGACUGCCUCGGAAAAGGGAACCAUAAUAAGAGUUUUCAACGUUGAAACUGGGAUGAAGAUGUACCAAUUCAGGAGAGGUACCUAUCCCACAAGGAUACAUUCCAUGUGUUUCAGCUCUGACAACCAAUUUCUAGCCGUGACGUGUUCGACCAAGACCAUUCACAUCUUCAAACUUAGGAAGGACGACAUCAUAACUGAGGGUCAUGAGACACAUGAAAGUGAUAACAGUCUCAUCGAGGACAACGGAUCGGAUGCUGUCUCCACAGCAACCAGAAAUGCAGAUGUAAGCAACGACAAUGUGGAAGCCGAUCCGGAAACGGAGGCUGCGCUGAUAGAAGCUGAAAGUAAUAACAUGAUACUCUUAGAGAAGUCCAAGGAACCCUAUGUCGACGCCUCUAGGAGAACAGUUGCCAGAAUGAUAAGAAAAUCGUCGCAGAAACUAUCGAGGCAAGCUGCCAAGACCCUAGAGCAACUUUUACCCAUCAAAGUCUCCUCUUUACUCGAACCAUCGAGGCAUUUUGCCAGUCUCAAGCUUCCCAUCGACAACAACGCUGGAGUGAAAAGUAUGACCGCAAUCGGCGAGCUUAUCGACGUUGACACUUCCGAGUACCCUGAACUUUUCGAGCUGAGCGACGAAUCAUCCUCCGUCAAAUCCAAUAAAUCAGCCUCGCUAGUCAAGAUGUUACCUGUGAGGGUUAUAACCUCGGACGGCUACUUGUACAAUUAUGUGCUCGAUCCAGAAAGAGGCGGCGAUUGUCUGCUCUUAUCGCAGUAUUCGCUCUUGUUGGCUUGA